AGAUCCUAAGAUGGCGGAGGCUGCGGCGGUUGGUGCCGAGUGGAUAAGGUAGAAAAGGCGGCCAUUGGGCCCUAGGCAGCCAGGGAACUUGUCGACUCUCCCUGCUGCGGUCUCUAAGGGAGAACCGCCGCCGGUGGCAGGUCGUGGGGGCUGACCGCUACUUCGUCUUUGGCAGGAGUGGCUGCUGCGUGUCCAGGCAACCGCUUUAAGUGUGAAGCAAGAAAGGAGCUGUUCCUGAGCUGCAAAAACUAGUUUCUAAACAGAAAAUUAAUCAUUAAAGCCAGGAUGGCCACAGGUGGAGGUCCUUUUGAAGAAGGUAUGAAUGAUCAGGAUUUACCAAACUGGAGCAGUGAGAAUGUUGAUGACCGACUCAACAAUAUGGAUUGGGGUGGCCAACCGAAGAAGGCAAAUAGAUCAUCAGAAAAGAAUAAGAAAAAAUUUGGUGUAGAAAGUGGCAAAAGGGUAACUAAUGAUAUUUCUCCGGAGUCAUCACCGGGAGUUGGAAGGCGAAGAACAAAGACCCCACAUACAUUUCCACAUAGUAGAUACGUGACUCAGAUGUCUGUUCCAGAGCAGGCGGAAUUAGAGAAACUUAAACAGCGGAUAAACUUCAGUGAUUUAGAUCAGAGAAGCAUUGGAAGUGAUUCUCAAGGUCGAGCAACAGCUGCCAACAACAAACGUCAGCUUAGCGAGAACCGAAAGCCCUUCAACUUUUUGCCGAUGCAGAUUAAUACCAAUAAAAGCAAAGAUGCUGCUGUAGGUCCUCAAAAGAGAGAAGUGAUUGGAUCAGCACAAUGUAAAGAGUUGUUUGUUUCUGCUUUAAGUAAUGACCUUCUGCAAAACUGCCAAGUCUCUGAAGAAGAUGGGAGGGGAGAGUCUGCAAUGGAGAGCAGCCAGAUCGUUGGCAGGCUUGUUCAGAUUCGUGACUAUAUUACUAAAGCUAGUUCCAUGAGGGAAGAUCUUGUAGAGAAAAAUGAAAGAUCUGCUAAUGUUGAGCGCCUUACUCAUCUAAUAAAUCACCUUAAAGAACAAGAGAAGGCAUAUAUGAAAUUUCUCCAGAAAAUUCUUGCUAGAGAAAAUGAGGAGGAGGAUGUUCGGACUAUAAAUUCAGCUGUGGGAUCUGGUUCUGUAGCUGAGAGCACAUCGCUAAACAUAGAUGUGCAGUCUGAGGCUUCAGAUACCACGGCCAGAGACUCUCAGCAGGAGCCUAUGGAAGAGAUAGAAAAUUUGAAGAAACAGCAUGAUUUAUUAAAAAGGAUGUUACAACAGCAGGAGCAGCUGAGAGCUCUGCAGGGACGGCAAGCUGCUCUUCUUGCUCUGCAGCAUAAAGCAGAGCAGGCUAUCGCCGUGAUGGAUGAUUCUGUUGUAACAGAAACUGCAGGUAGCCUAUCUGGAGUCAGUAUCACUUCUGAACUAAAUGAAGAAUUGAAUGAUUUAAUUCAGCGUUUUCAUAAUCAGCUUCGUGAUUCUCAGCCUCCAGCUGUUCCAGACAAUAGAAGACAGGCAGAAAGUCUUUCACUAACUAGGGAGGUCUCCCAGAGCAGAAAUCCGUCAGUUUCCGAACAAUUACCUGAUGAGAAAGUCCAACUUUUUAGCAAAAUGAGAGUGUUACAGGAAAAGAAACAAAAAAUGGACAGACUGCUUGGAGAACUACAUACACUUCGAGAUCAGCAUUUGAACAAUUCAUCAUUUGUGCCUUCUUCAGCCUCUCCACAAAGGGGCGUGGAUCAGAGAAGUACCACUUCAGCUCCCUCUGCUCCCGCAGGCUUCGCACCCGUUGUCAGUGGAGAAGCCAGCACACUCUCAUCGUCUGUUCCUUAUCCUGCUGCUAAAAAGUUAAAUGAAGUUCGAAAAAGAUUAAAUGAACUGAGAGAAUUAGUUCAUUAUUACGAACAAACAUCAGAUAUGAUGACAGAUGCUGUAAAUGAAAACACGAAAGAUGAAGAAACCGAAGAGUCAGAAUAUGAUUCUGAGCAUGGAAAUUCUGAACCUUUUACUAACAUUCGAAAUCCACAAGUACCUGCCACCUGGAAUGAAGUAAAUAGUAAUUCUAAUGCACAGUGUGUUUCUAAUAACAGAGAUGGGAGAUCAGUUAAUUCUAAUUGUGAAAUUAACAACAGAUCUGCCAACAUAAGGGCUUUAAACAUGCCUCCUCCUUUAGAUUGCCGAUAUAAUAGAGAAGGAGAACAGGGGAUUCCUGUUGCACAAGGUGAUGAUGAUGAGGAAGAGGAUGAAGAAGCAGAAGAAGAGGGGGUCAGUGGAGCCUCUUUAUCUAGUCGUAGGAGCAGCCUGGUUGACGAGGCUCCAGAAGACACUGAAUUUGAACAGAUCAAUAGACUCAUGGCUGCAAAGCAGAAACUUAGACAGUUACAAGGUCUUGUUGCUAUGGUACAGGUAAAUACUGCUUGUUUUUUAAAAAACUGUCUUAUAGGGCAUAAUCUAUAUGUUCAGUGGAAGAACGAUCGCCCUUUUUCAGCAGAUGGAAAUUACCGUCCUUUAGCCAAGACAAGACAACAGAAUAUCAGCAUGCAGAGGCAGGAAAACCUUCGGUGGGUGUCGGAACUCUCUUACGUGGAAGAGAAAGAACAAUGGCAAGAGCAGAUCAAUCAGCUAAGGAAACAACUUGAUUUCAGUGUCAAUAUUUGUCAGACUUUGAUGCAAGACCAGCAGACUCUGUCUUGUUUGCUACAAACUCUUCUCACGGGUCCUUACAGCGUUUUGCCCAGCAAUGUUGCAUCUCCUCAAGUACACCUUAUAAUGCACCAGUUGAACCAGUGCUAUACUCAGCUAACGUGGCAACAGAAUAAUGUACAAAGGUUGAAACAAAUGCUAAAUGAACUUAUGCACCAACAAAAUCAGCGUCCAGAGAAACCUGGAAGCAAGGAGAGAGGCAGUAGUGCCUCCCACCCACCUUCUCCCAGCUUAUUUUGUCCUUUCAGCUUUCCUGCUCAGCCCGUGAAUCUGUUAAACCUACCUGGGUUUACUAAUUUUUCAUCAUUUGCUCCAGGUAUGAAUUUCAGCCCUUUAUUUCCUUCUAAUUUUGGAGAUUUUUCUCAGAAUAUUUCUACGCCCAAGGAACAGCAGCAACCAUUAGCACAGAAUUCUUCAGGGACAACAGAGUGUAUGGCUUUUCCGAAGCCUUUUGAAAGCAGUUCUUCUGUUGCAGCAGAGAAACAGAGAAAUCAAAAGCAGCCUGAAGAGGAGGUGGAAAAUAGUAGGACACCAUGGCUAUAUGAGCAAGAAGGUGAAGGAGAAAAACCAUUUAACAAGGCUGGAUUCACAGUGUCUGUAGAGAAAACUACAAAUAGUCAUCGCAAAAAUCAAUUAGAUCCGAGCAGGAGAAGACGCCAGUUUGAUGAAGAGUCCUUGGAAAGCUUUAGCAGUAUGCCCGAUCCAGUAGAUCCGACAGCAGUGACGAAAACAUUCAAGACAAGGAAGGCAUCUGCACAGGCCAGCCUGGCAUCUAAAGAUAAAAGUCCAAAAUCAAAGAGUAAGAAAAGGCAUUCUACACAGCUGAAAAGCAGAGUUAAAAAUAUUGGAUAUGAAAGUGCCAGUAUGUCUAGCACAUGUGAACCUUGCAAAAGUAGGAACAGACAUUCAGCCCAGACUGAAGAGCCUGUUCAAGCAAAAGUAUUCAGCAGAAAGAAUCAUGAGCAGCUGGAAAAAAUAAUAAAAUAUAGUAGGUCUACAGAAAUAUCUUCAGAAACGGGGAGUGAUUUUUCCAUGUUCGAAUCUUUGAGGGAUACUAUUUAUUCUGAAGUAGCUACACUAAUUUCUCAAAAUGAGUCUCAUCCGCAUUUUCUUAUUGAACUCUUCCAUGAGCUUCAGCUUCUUAAUACAGACUACUUGAGGCAGAGGGCUUUAUAUGCGUUGCAGGACAUAGUAUCCAGACAUAUUUCUGAGAACCAUGAAAAAGAAGGGGAAAAUGUGAAGUCAGUGAAUUCUGGUACUUGGAUAGCAUCAAACUCAGAACUGACUCCCAGUGAAAGCCUUGCUACUACUGAUGAUGAAACUUUUGAGAAGAACUUUGAGAGAGAAACACAUAAAAUAAGUGAGCAAAAUGAUGCUGAUAAUGCUAGCGUCAUGUCUGUAUCUUCAAAUUUUGAGCCUUUUGCAACAGAUGAUCUAGGUAACACUGUGAUUCACUUAGAUCAAGCAUUAGCCAGAAUGAGGGAAUAUGAGCGUGUGAAGACAGAGGCUGAAGGUAACACAGAUACGACGUGCAGCUGCAGGAUUGUCGAGGAUGGGGAUGAGGCUGCCACUGCGGCUGCGGCAGAUGAUGUGGAAGAAACUCCUAUUACUGAAAAUCAUAGUUCCCAGCAACCCAUAAGUGAAGUUUCUACCAUCCCAUGUCCUAGAAUUGAUACUCAGCAGCUGGACCGGCAAAUUAAAGCCAUUAUGAAAGAAGUCAUUCCUUUUUUGAAGGAACACAUGGAUGAAGUGUGUUCUUCUCAACUUCUAACUUCAGUAAGACGCAUGGUUUUGACCCUUACCCAGCAAAAUGAUGAGAGCAAAGAGUUUGUGAAGUUCUUUCAUAAACAACUUGGAAGUAUAUUACAGGAUUCACUUGCAAAAUUUGCUGGCAGAAAACUGAAAGACUGUGGAGAAGAUCUUCUGGUAGAGAUAUCUGAAGUGUUGUUUAAUGAGCUGGCUUUCUUUAAGCUCAUGCAAGAUUUGGAUAAUAACAGCAUAGCUGUAAAACAGAGAUGCAAAAGAAAAAUAGCAGCAGCUGGAGUGAUACAGUCUUAUGCCAAAGAGGCCAAGUGGAUUCUUGAAGAAGAUCAUGGUUCACCUGCUGGAGAAGUUGAUGAUGAAGACAAAGACAAGGAUGAGACUGAAACAGUUAAGCAGAUGCAAACAUGUGAUACAUACAACAGUGCUGGUCCCAAAAAUGUGAGAUCUGAUGUUUCUGAUCAAGAAGAUGAUGAAGAAAGUGAAGAAGGUCCCGUGUCUAUUAAUUUGUCCAAAGCUGAAACUCAGGCUUUGACUAAUUAUGGAAGUGGAGAAGAUGAGAAUGAAGAUGAAGAAAUAGAAGAAUUUGAAGAGGGACCUGUAGAUGUCCAGACUUCCCUUCAGGCUAACACUGACGCUGCAGAAGAAAAUGAGCUCGACGCUCAGGUUCUACAACAGGACCUAGAAAAAUUAGCAGAAAGCAAAACUGUCCCAUCAUCAGAACAAGAACCCACUACUAGUAAAGAUGAGCAAGAUGGCACUCCUGUGAAACCCUGUUACCUUAAUAUCUUGGAAAAUGAGCAGCCUUUAAACAAUGCUGUUCAAAAGGACUCUGUUACUACCAUUGAUUCAUCUAAACAGCCUAAUCCUUUGCCUUUAACUGAAAUUGAAACCUUGGUGCCUAGAGUCAAAGAAGUUAAAUCUGCUCAGGAAACUCCUGAAAGUUCUCUGGCUGGAAGUCCUGAUACUGAAUCUCCAGUGUUAGUGAAUGACUAUGAAGCAGAAUCUGGCAACAUAAGUCAAAAAUCCGAUGAAGAAGACUUUGUGAAGGUUGAAGAUUUACCACUUAAAUUAACAAUAUAUUCAGAGGCAGAUCUAAGGAAGAAAAUGGUAGAAGAACAACAGAAGAACCAUUUAUCUGAUGAAAUACUAUGUGAAAUGCAGACUAAAGAAUUAGCUGGGAAUUCUCAGAUGCUUAAGGAGCCUGAGACGGUGGGAACCCAAAGUAUGUAAGACAUCGUCAGAGGCUCACCUCUCUUUACAGAGUCAAUGCAUAUGAAAAUGGCACUAAGUAAACAUCGUUUCAAUCUGUAUAAAAUGUAAAUUAGUUUGACACUGCAUUCUUGCUAAGUGUGGUUUCUGCCCGUGGCAGUUUAAAACACCAGAAACUGAAUUCUGGACAGGGUGGUUUUUUCUUAAUUAUUUUCCCAUGUGAUGUUUGGUAACAUUAAAUUUAAAACGUAGUUUUAAAUAAAGUUUGGGCUUACCUGUAAAGUUCCUUUUUUGGAAAUUACGUUGUAUUUUAUACAGCACGUCACUAUUCUGCACAGUUAAGCUGUUCAGAGAAGACUAACGGUCAAGAAUUAGAUAAAUGCACUAUUUAUAGUAAAUCCAAGAAAUGCCGCUGUCCCUGCUACUGGGUCUGACAUUCUUUUAUUCCUGUGCAAGAAUAGGACAGGUUAUGACGACAUUCAGGACAUCUGUGUCCAAAUUGGAGACUAAGUUAAAUUUAGAACACAUCCUUAGAAUGUAUAUAAUCAUCUAUUAAAUGUUUCCAGAAUUCAGUUCUUAUAUAUGUUGCUGUCUGUCUAAAAAUUAAAGAAAAACAAAUUUUACAUAAUUAGGGAAUAUUUCUGCACAAAUAACAUGGAAGGAAAAGUAAAACCCUUUCAAGUAGGGAUUAAUAGGAUUAAGUUACCUGUAUCAGAACAUUAAGGUUCACCUUGCCUUCCGACAAACUUGCCCUUUGAGGUCGUAGUUUAGGCCUGAGUGUAGCUGUUCAACUGCAUGUAGUGAGAGAGAAGCAGAUUCAGAGAUGAAGUAAGUAAGGAAAAUCUAUGCGAUUUCUUAAUCAUUAGCAAAUCAGCUUUUAAAAGGUCAAUUACCUUUAAAUCACAAACUUGCCAUAUGCCCAGGUAAGGCUUCACAGAACCCAUUAACAAGUCUAUUUUACAGUUUUUUCCUUAAGUAUGAAGAAUUAGUCCCAAGCAGUCUUCUCAAUUUAACAAAUGACUAAAAUACCCUAUAAGGAAAGAAUUUGGUUGGCAUUCCUUUUAAAAUUGUUCCAUGGCUGACACUUCAGUGGAAAACUGUUGUCUAAUCGGGGAAUAUUGAACAAGGAUUUCCCUGUGAGGACAUUUACCGUCUUGCUACUUAUCUCCCCGACUUUAAUAAAACCUAUUCAGAAAGUUAUUCCAGAAUCAGGAAUUCUGAUCCAAUUGGUCUGGCUCCAGGGAAGCUGGAACAGUUACAUGUAUACUCAAGUUCUGUAUUUCUUUCCUAGGCUCUGAACAGGAAGAGGGGAAAAUUGCAUUUGGGUAUUCAAGCCAAGCCUUAUAUCGUGCAGUUGUCUCUCUCUCUCUCUGCAUGCAUUUUAUGAUUGACACAGUGGAAGAAUUAUAUUUUCAUCUUAGUUAUUAAUGUAGUACCUAAGAACCUUAUCAAACUUUUAUGACUUGUGUUAUAGCUGCUGUAACCUAGUCUGUUUUCUAUUUUAGUAGUUUAGUUUUAAAAUACACUUGAGAGCAGGUAACUUGUUUAAUAGGUUUUUCCCUAGUAACUAUUGCUCAAGGAUUAGGCAUUAAAUGUUCCCAUUUGUCUUAAUUUUUAAGUUAAAAAUUUGGUUGGAGGUAAAAGAGGGGGGAAAAGGUCAAAAAUGAGAGGGCGCCGUGUGCAGGUUGGGAUAAUGCCUCAAACAGCGGGCUCAGCGCACUGUGCCACUACUCUGUAUUUUGUAACAUUCACUUUGGGUAAAUGCUUUUUCACCAUUAAUAAAAGUAUAAUCUCCAUACAA